GUUACUGGGCGGGGCCGUGACGUCCUUGGCGUGGCAGCAGGGGAGGCCGCGGCAGGGAAAAUGGCGGACGGAAAGGCGGGAGAGGAGAAGCCUGAGAAGCCGAAGCGAGCUGGAGCCGCCGGAGGACCUGAAGAAGAAGCAGAAAAACCUGUGAAAACUAAGACUGUUUCUUCCAGUAAUGGAGGGGAAAGUUCCAGUCGCAGCGCUGAAAAGCGAUCAGCUGAAGAAGAAGCUGCAGACCUCCCAACAAAGCCUACAAAGAUCUCCAAGUUUGGAUUUGCCAUAGGUAGUCAGACAACAAAGAAAGCAUCAGCUAUAUCCAUCAAACUUGGAUCAAGUAAGCCUAAAGAGACUGUUCCAACUCUUGCUCCAAAAACCCUUUCAGUAGCAGCAGCUUUUAAUGAAGAUGAAGAUAGUGAACCAGAGGAAAUGCCUCCAGAAGCAAAGAUGAGGAUGAAGAAUAUUGGAAGGGAUACACCAACAUCAGCUGGACCAAACUCUUUCAAUAAAGGAAAACAUGGGUUUUCUGAUAACCAGAAGCUAUGGGAACGAAAUAUAAAAUCUCAUCUUGGAAAUGUCCAUGACCAAGACAAUUAAAUGAUAUGUUUUGAAUUGGGGUGUGGGGUGGGUGUAAAGUUAAAAGGAACAGUUUCCUUUUUUAAGGAAUGAUAUAAGACUAUCUUUGGAGCCGCAUUUUCUUUUUCAUUUUUUUUUUUUUUAAGAUUGAGUGGUACACUAAUAAGUGAGAGUUUGAAAUUAGAGGUAAUUUAUGUUUUAUAUACAGAUUUCAAGACAUUUGCUAAUUUUGUAGUUUCAUGUGAUUAGUUUCCAAAGGUUACAGAUAAUAAAUCAGAAAUGGUACCUUUUUAAGAAUUGCAUAUUUUUUUAGACACAACUAUUAGCACAUUAAGAGGGAAGCAAAAAAUUACUAUUUAAAAUUGUAAGCAUUUACUCCUAAAUUAACUCCCUCAUUAACUAAACUGUCUGGCUCCCAGGAACAGCCUUAUAAGAGAAGGGGAGGAGUAUCAUAUUGAAAGGAAAAUGUUGCUGGACUAUUGACUGAAAGUAAAUUUAGAUAAAAUAGAGUUUUUCCUUAUGGGCAUUUGUUUUGUUAUCAUAUUAUUAGUCAUUGCAUUGCUAUCAGUGGAUACAGAUGCUUAGCUCUUACAAAAAAUAAUUUUUUAAAAAAAAUUUCUAUGUGAAGUAUCGAGUAUUUGAAAUAGCCCAUUUCACCUUAAUGGUCUUGUCUACCUUCAUUAGUCUUCAAAGAACAGCCAUUUGCUACCAAAGUAAAUCAGUAUUUUGAAUGUGCUUCUCUUGAUUUUUGUUUAUUAGCUAGUUCCUGUAAGCAUUUCCACCAGAACUUGAGGCAAAUCAUAAGGAAGCUGUUUCUUUUAAAAUACAGACCACCACCAAAAAUCUAAAUGUACAUACUGCUUAAGUAUUUGGCUGGUUUUUAUUUUUUAAAAGGUAUAAACAUCAAAAAAAUUUAACAUUGUAGAAGAUGAAAAACAAUAAGAUGCAUUUUCUGUAACUUUGUCUACAUAUUUACAUCACUAAGUUGUUAAAUCCAAUUUGAAUUGAACUCACUGCAGGCUUUCUUAUCAGAACAAUUAUAUUUUUUAUUUUAAGUGUAUAUGUACUGCCCACUGGCCUCUCAAGCAUAUUGUAGGUACCGAAAAUAAAAGGAAAGAAAAUGCAUCUUAAAACAUUUUAUGGAAUUGUUCAUCACAUACACUGUUAGAUCUGUGUACUGUAGGAUGUUUUGUUUUGUAUUUUUGUAUUGUAUAUGAACUUUUUUAAUGUGACAGUUAAA